UUGUUUUUUUUCCUCCUGUCCUCGCUCUGCUGUUUUCCUCCGGUCCAUUCAUCGGAGGGGUGGAUCGGCGGCGUCUGCCCCUCUGAAACUUUCUGACAGAGCCCAAAAAAGCUCCCGCAGCUUUUUUCCUCUGGCAGCAGCAGAGAGGAGGAGACAAGGAGUUUUGGGAGCUCAGGCUGUGCUGAGGAUCAGGAGAGGGAUGGUGUGAUCCUGUAAAGAGACAGAGAGAGGAAGAGGGAGACGCUCCAGCAGCAUCACCGAUCCCCCCCCCCAACCCCUCCAGCCCUCUCCCAGACCCCCUUCUGUCUGGCUGACGCUCACCCCAAUAACACGCUCCUUCAGACGAGACAAUCUGGGGAAACAUGUCACAGACUAGGAGGAGCACGUACACCCGGACCACCAGCAGCGGCAGCAGCAGGAUGAGCUCGGACGGGGGCGGGCGGCCCGUCAAAGUGGGCUCCCUGGUGGAGGUGAUCGGGAAGGGGCAGCGCGGCACGGUCGCUUACAUCGGCAACACGCUCUUCGCCUCAGGAAAGUGGGUGGGAGUCAUCCUCGAUGAGGCCAAAGGCAAGAAUGACGGCACCGUGCAGGGCAAACGUUACUUCACCUGCGAGGAGAAUCAUGGGAUAUUUGUGAGACAAUCACAGAUCCAGCUGGUUGACGAUGGGGCCGACACGACAUCUCCGGAGACACCUGAGCCCGGCACUGGCAAGGUUCCCAAACGAGAGAUCCUGGAGACGCCCAAGUCCACUAAACUGCGAGGAGUGAAGCCUAAAAAGGUGCUGCAUGUUUCUCUAACCUCGACUCCUGCACCCCGGAAGACCACGGCCAGAAGGCCCAAGCAGCCCACCCGACCUGCUGGAGGGAAGGGGGCUGCGUCCGGCUCGGCCUCGGCCUCAGCUGGGGAGAUGAGCAGCAGCGAGCCCAGCACGCCGGCUCAGACCCCUCUGGCUGCUCCGGUCAUCCCCACCCUCCACUCCCCUGGAAACCCUCCGGCGCCCGUCCCCAGCAAGGAGGAGGAGGCGCUGCGUGGUCAGGUGAAGGACCUGGAGGAGAAGCUGGAGACACUGAAGAUGAAGCGGACGGAGGACAAAGCCAAGCUGAAGGAGCUGGAGAAGCACAAGAUCCAGCUGGAGCAGCUGCAGGAGUGGAAGAACAAGAUGCAGGAGCAGCAGGCCGAGCUGCAGAAACAGCUGAAGGAGGCCAAGAGGGAGGCAAAAGAGGCCCUGGAGGCGAAGGAGCGUUACGUGGAGGAGAUGUCGGACACGGCGGACGCCAUCGAGAUGGCCACGCUGGAUAAGGAGAUGGCCGAGGAGAGGGCGGAGUCUCUGCAGCUGGAGGUCGACUCGCUCAAGGAGAAAGUGGACGAGCUCACCAUGGACCUGGAGAUCCUCAAGCACGAGAUCGAGGAGAAAGGUUCAGACGGUGCCGCUUCCAGUUAUCACGUGAAACAGCUGGAGGAGCAGAACGGCAGACUGAAGGAAGCGCUGGUCAGGAUGCGUGACCUGUCUUCAUCAGAAAAGCAGGAACAUGUGAAGUUGCAGAAGCAGAUGGAGAAGAAGAACGUGGAGCUGGACACUCUGAGGAGCCAGAAGGAAAAACUGCAGGAGGAGAUGUCAGCAGCAGAGAAGACCAUCGACGAGCUGAAGGAACAGGUGGAUGCAGCUUUGGGGGCGGAGGAGAUGGUGGAGAUGCUGACCGAGAGGAACCUGGACCUGGAGGAGAAAGUGCGGGAGCUGAGAGAGACCGUCACUGACCUGGAAGCUAUUAAUGAGAUGAACGACGAGCUGCAGGAGAACGCCAGAGAGACGGAGCUGGAGCUGAGGGAGAUGUUGGAUCUGGGUGCUGCGAGAGUCCGAGAGGCUGAGAAACGAGUGGAAGCUGCUCAGGAGACGGUCGCUGAUUACCAGCAGACCAUCAAGAAGUACCGAGAGCUCACAGCUCACCUGCAGGAGGUGAACAGAGACCUGACCAGCCAGCAGGAAGCCUCAGCAGAGCUGCAGCAGCAGCCGCCUGCAGAGAUGUUCGAUUUCAAGAUUAAAUUUGCAGAGACGAAGGCGUACGCCAAGGCCAUUGAGAUGGAGCUGAGGAAGAUGGAGGUGGGUCAGGCCAACAGACACGUCUCUCUUCUGACCUCCUUCAUGCCCGAGUCCUUCCUCCGUCACGGCGGAGACCACGACUGCAUCCUGGUGCUGCUGCUCAUCCCCAGACUCAUCUGCAAGGCCGAACUGAUCAGCAAACAGGCCCAAGAGAAGUUCGACCUGAAUGAGAACUGUGUGGAGCGAGCGGGACUCAAGGGAGCUGCCGGGGAGCAGCUGAGCUUCGCUGGCGGUUUGGUCUACUCGCUCAGUCUGCUGCAGGCCACGCUACAUAAAUACGAGCAGGCUCUGGAUCAGUGCUCUGUGGAUGUCUAUAAGAAGAUCGGCUCUCUGUACCCGGAGAUGAGCGUCCACGAGCGUUCUCUGGACUUCCUCAUCGACCUGCUGCACAAAGACCAGCUGGACGAGACGGUCAACGUGGAGCCGCUCACCAAGGCCAUUAAAUACUAUCAGCACCUGUACAGUAUCCACCUGGCAGAUCAGGACGAGGAGUGCACCAUGCAGCUGGCUGAUCACAUCAGAUUUACCCAGAGUGCCUUGGACUGCAUGGCGGUGGAGGUCGGUCGCCUGCGGGCGUUCCUGCACGCCGGUCAGGAGAAGGCCGACCUCGCCGUGCUGCUGAAGGACCUGGAGACGUCCUGCAGCGACAUCCGACAGUUCUGCAAGAAGAUCCGCCGCAGGAUGCCCGGAACCGACGCGCCGGGAAUACCAGCGGCACUCAGCUUCGGACAGCAGGUGUCAGACACCCUCUCAGACUGCAGGAAACACCUCACCUGGGUGGUGGCCGUGCUGCAGGAGGUUGCAGCGGCCGGAGCUCAGAUGAUGUCGCCUCUCGGUGAACAGGAGGGGCUGUCGGCCGUCAAACUGGAGGACGUGGCGUUCAAGGCAGGAGAGCAGAUCUAUGGAUCCCAGGGCGCCAACCCCUACGAGUGUCUGCGGCAGUCAUGCAGCAUCGUCAUAGCAACCAUGAACAAGAUGGCCACCGCCAUGCAGGAGGGAGAGUAUGACUCAGAGAAGCCUCAGAACAAGAACCCUCCACCCGUGGAUGUGCGAUCAGCGGCUCUCCGAGCUGAAAUCACUGAUGCCGAAGGCCUCGGCAUGAAGCUGGAGGACAGAGAGACGGUCAUCAAAGAGCUGAAGAAGUCUCUCAAGAUCAAGGGAGAGGAGCUGAGCGAGGCGAACGUCCGCCUCAGCCUGCUGGAGAAGAAGCUCGACAGUUCCUCCAAAGACGCAGACGAACGCGUUGAAAAGAUUCAGACUCGACUGGACGAGGCUCAGACUCUGCUGAAGAAGAAAGAGAAGGAGUUUGAGGAGACGAUGGACGCCCUGCAGGCCGACAUCGACCAGCUGGAGUCGGAGAAGGCCGAGCUGAAGCAGAGAAUCAACAGCCAGUCGAAGAUGGACGGGAGAGGAACCGGCCCGUCAGGAAUCGCCUCCAUCGUCACAGGAAUAGCAGGAGAGGAACAGAAAGCGAACAUGAUGUCCAGCGUCGGCUCAGGUUCGGGUGUCCAGGUGAUCGACUCUCCUCUGCUGACUCAGCAGAUCGAAGCUCAGAGACUCUGCAUCAAACACCUGAAGAACGAGAACAACAGACUGAAGGCUGAGAAGAUGCGCGCUCAGCUCGCCUCCCUGCCUCCUCUUCACGUGACCAAACUUCCCUCCAGAGACGGAGGACGUCCCGAAGUGCUCUCCAGCGCCCUCUAUCGCAAAACCGACCAGCUCCUGGAGACUCUGCUGCAGAUGAGUGCCAACGUCAAGGUGGUGGACAUCACCGGGAAAUCUCCAGUGACACCUAGUGCUCAGCUCCUGGAACAGACGGCUAGAUUACAGUCCCUGAGCGACACUCUGGGCCGACUGAAGGAUGAAGUAGCUGAGCACGUCGUCAACCACCAGCCCGGAGCUCGAGUGUCGUCUGAUUUUGCGACGUUCCCUUCGACCACGUUUGUCAAGGCGAAGGAGGAGAAGCAAACCGACUCGGUGCUGGUGGGUCGGGUCAUGGUGCCGUGUCCCCGCGGUCAGGAGCAGAUCCACCGCCUCGUCCUGUCACAGUGUCAGCUGCAGAGAGUUCACAGUCUGCUGCGGACCUGAGCUACACCCGCCCUGUAAUCCUGCCUGCUGCACCAACAAAACACCACCACCACCAUCACCACCUCUCGUCAUCAGCUUGGCAGCCUGGUCUCCACUCCAGGGCCAAACAAGUCAGACCAGGAAGUAAAAAUCAUGACUCCAUCUUCAUUUCUUUUCACCAGAAAAAGAAGAAGAGAUAUCAUGACUGCACUGCUGCAUGCUGCCCAAGACUCACUGUAUUUCAUUUUAGUUUAUCAGACUUGUGUUUGGCCCUGGUGUGGAACCUGCAGUGUGCUUUGAAUUAGGCCACAACGUUGGAUGUCGCUUCAUGUUUCUAUGUUACACUAUCGGCGCUACACAGGAGAGGAGAGAUGUGUUGUGAAUUUUAAUCUGGUGUCACUGUUGUGUGCUCCGUUUUUAUAACUUGACUGUCUAAAGGGAAAGAAGGAAUAUGUACGGAAGCCCUGAGAGGUAAAUAAGGAAACAAACUCUAGUGAUCUAUAUUUUAAAGUCUGAACGCGUGAAGAAUUUAAACAUUUUUGCCAGUAUAAUAUUUUAAGUUAUUGAUGUAGUGAAACAGGCGGGGACAAAAGUUUUAAUUUUUUCUUGGGUUGUGAUUUUUUGUUUUCAUCUACAAAAACAGGCAGGGAGAAGUCUUGCAAGGUUUAUUGUUUUGUUUACUUUUUAAAUCUAUUUUAUCGGUGAAACAGUUUGGUUGAGUCAGUUGAACAAUUUAAAUCAAAUGUUAAAAAUCGAUCACUAAAGGGUUUUGGUUUUUUUUUCUCAGGGCUUCCGUAAUUAUUUGAUUUAGAAAUUACACUGAAAAAAAAAAAUAAUUUGUCCAUUUAAAGUCGUGGGCGUUUUACUGUGGUUUGAUCAUAGAGACUUUUUGCACAUAUUUAACAAGUCAUGAGUGACAAAAGAACAAAGUCCUGCACAUUUGCUUUGUUGCUUCGAAGACGUUUUGCUGGCAGCUUGAUGAGAAAAUCAUUUUGGAAAGAAGAAGAAAGAUGCAAGAAAACUACAGAACAUGUUGAGGAUUUUUUGUGUUUUUGAUGAAAAUCUUGUUGGACUGCACAGAACAAAUGAAGCUGAUUAACCUCAAGGGAUCUACUGUGGAAAAAAAAAAUUGUUUAUUUAAAAAAAAAAAAACAGAAGAAGCAUUAAUAUGAUUUAAAUUAUUUAGUAUUUAUUACACUCGUGGUGUAAAUUCCUGUACGCUGAUACCAUCUUCUUUUACAUGCUUGAUGUAAAAUGAAAUGCCGGUUGUGUUGGUGAAGUUACUGAAUUAUCCACAAACAGACUGUAUUACCUGUUGCUGUUUCAGACUUUGUCCGAGCCUUAAACCUGCAGAGAGCCUCGAGCUGAAGAGCGGUCACCUGCCUUAUUUUUUUGAUUCGUUUAGACCAAACCUCGUUUGAAGCAAAACUACAUCUUUGCCAAAGAAUCUUUGUUUCUCUCUCACCACAUUUGCCACGGCUGAUUUUUAAGGCUUUUAGUUUUAAUCCGUGCUAAUUAUUGUAUUUAUGAUCUGUUAGAAUAUUUAUGUUUACACUGUUAUGGCUUGAAGUUUAAUUUAAUUUAAUUAUUGGGCAUAGUGCAUCUACUUAAUUGUAGUUUAAGAGGAAAAUGCAGCUUAUUUAUUCAUUCUGUUAUUUAUGUGUUGUCUCAGUGAGCAGCUGA